AUAAACGCAAAGGUAGCCGUUAGAGAAAAAACCCUGAUUAGUCAUUUGAAAAAUAAUCAACUGCAAUACAGUAAAUCCUCGAUCCACUCUUACCAAACAGCAGAAGAAUCAAAACCAAAAAGCUCUUUCCAUUUCUCUCUUUUCAACUUUCUUUCGAUCGAUCAAAGCUCCCCAGUUAAAGGAGGCAAAAAAGGAACCAAGCUACUUUCUCUCGGCUAAGAAAUCAGUCUGUUUAAAGCAAAAUGAUGUCACUGACUCCAGAUCAGUUUAGGAAAGUGGGGUUGGGGGUAACCCCAUCUCCAUCUCCCUUCCUCACACCACGGCCAGAGAGGCGCCGCCCUGAUUCGAGGAUGGCAGAGUGGAACUGCAAUCGUCAGGACAGAGAUAAAGAGGUUAAUAUUCAAGUUCUGCUCCGAUGCAGGCCACUAAGUGACGAAGAGCAAAGGACGAACGUUCCCAAAGUGAUUUCAUGUAAUGAACAUAAAAGAGAAGUCACUGUUUUGCAAAGUGUAGCUAACAAGCAAGUAGAUAGAGUCUUUACUUUUGACAAGGUGUUUGGACCUAAAGCACAACAAAGAUCAAUAUAUGAUCAAGCCAUUAUACCAAUUGUUAAUGAGGUUCUUGACGGUUUCAACUGCACAGUCUUUGCAUAUGGGCAGACGGGUACUGGAAAAACAUAUACAAUGGAGGGUGGAAUGAGAAAUAAGGGUGGGGAUUUGCCUGCUGAGGCCGGUGUUAUUCCACGAGCUGUUCGCCAAAUUUUUGAUACACUAGAGGCUCAAAAUGCUGAUUAUAGCAUGAAAGUUACAUUUUUGGAAUUGUACAAUGAAGAAAUAACUGAUUUGCUAGCUCCAGAAGACAACGUGAGAUCUACAGAAGAUAGGCAAAAGAAACCCAUUUCUUUGAUGGAGGAUGGGAAGGGUUGUGUGGUUGUUAGAGGCCUUGAAGAAGAAGCUGUAUAUAGUGCAAAUGAAAUUUACAGUCUAUUAGAACGAGGAGCUUCUAAAAGGCGUACAGCAGAUACUUUAUUAAACAAACGGAGCAGUCGUUCUCACUCUGUCUUUUCUAUUACUGUCCAUGUAAAAGAAGCUACUGUUGGAGAUGAAGAUGUUAUCAAGUGUGGCAAGCUCAAUCUUGUUGACUUGGCAGGAUCAGAAAAUAUUUCUCGUUCAGGUGCAAGAGAGGGACGCGCAAGAGAAGCAGGAGAGAUAAACAAGAGCUUACUAACUCUAGGACGUGUUAUAAAUGCACUUGUGGAACAUUCAGCCCAUAUACCUUACAGGGAUAGUAAGUUGACAAGGCUAUUAAGAGACUCUUUGGGAGGAAAGACUAAAACCUGCAUCAUUGCUACAAUUUCUCCUUCUGCUCAUUCUUUGGAAGAAACGCUAAGCACACUAGAUUAUGCUCACCGUGCUAAAAACAUAAAAAACAAACCAGAGGCAAACCAAAAAUUGUCGAAGGCUGUGCUGCUCAAGGAUCUGUACUUGGAAAUUGAGAGAAUGAAAGAAGAUGUGAGAGCAGCAAGGGAUAAAAAUGGUGUUUAUGUUCCGCAUGACAGAUUUGUCCAGGAAGAGGCUGAAAAGAAGGCUAGAAAUGAGAAGAUAGAGCAGUUGGAGAAUGAUCUCAACCUCAGCGAGAAGCAAGUUGAUAAGUUCCGUGAGCUAUAUCUCACUGAGCAGGAGCAGAAACUUGGCAUAGAAAGUGAGCUGAAGGGUUGUAAGUUGAAUCUAGAGAAAAGUAACAAGGAACUGCUUGACCUCCAAGAGAAACACGAGGUGGCUAUUUCAACACUGAAGGAGAAGGAAUUCAUCAUCUCCAAGCUAUUAUGCUCAGAAAAGUCUUUAAUUGAACGAGCAAAGGAGUUGCGCAGUGAUUUACAAACUGCCUCAGAAGACAUAACUUCAUUGUUUACAAGAUUAGAUCAGAAAGACAAGAUGGAAGCAGAGAAUCAAAGACAGAUUUUGAACUUUGGUUCUCAUUUGGAUCAGAGUAUAAAAGACCUGCACAAGACCAUUCUAGGUUCAAUUUCUCAACAGCAGCAACAAAUAAGAUGCAUGGAAGAACAUGCCGGAUCAUUCCUUGCAAGUAAAUCUGAUGCAACAGAAAUGUUGGAAGCAAGAAUUAAAAAAAUGGCCGAGACACAUUCAUCAGGUGUAGCAGCUUUGAAGGAACUUGCCAAUACAAUGCAAAGGAAAGCUUCCUCUGACCUAGAGCAUAUGAAUGUUACCGUCUCAUCUCAAACCAUGGCGGUGGAGCAUUUUCUUGCCACUGCUGUAUCUGAGGCCAAGGAGGUUAUUGAAGACAUUCAGAAUUCGCUUAAUGAGCAAAAACAACUAUUAGCUCUAUCCGUUCAAAAACAAGAGGAGGGAUUAAAACGAACUUUGACUUCUUCCCAAGUAAUAUCAAAGGCAACAAUGGACUUUUUCAGUGACCUCCAUUGUCAGGCAUCAAAGGUCAUGACAGCUCUUCGGGAAAGCCAAAUCAAAAAAAUCAACCAGUUGGCUGAUUUUGAGAAAAUGUUUAAGGAAGAAGCUGCUAGAGAGGAAAAACAAGCAUUAGAAAAUAUUACAAAUAUAUUAGCAGCAUUGACAUCAAGGAAGACGGCUAUGGUAUCAGAGGCAUCAAGGAAUAUCCAGGACUUAAGCAUACAGGAGACUAGGAGAUUUCAACAAGAGAUGUCCAGCAUCCAGCAAGUUUCCACUGAUGCUGAGGAGGAAAUAAGUAGAUAUGUAGAAAAAGUGGAAACACAUUUCAUAGAAGACACAUUUUCGGUGGCUGAAUCAAGGGCUGUUAUGGAAAAUAUCCUCCAAGAAUGCUCAAAGAGGGUGGACUACUCUUGCCAACAAUGGGAAAAUGCUCAAUCAUACAUAAAUAAUCUCAAUAAGAGCAGUGUUCUGGAGAUAGAAUCUAAUGUGAAGGAAAAUAUAAGCGCAAAUAAUGUUGCACAUGAAGAAUUUUUAUCAGAAUCCUCUUCCAUGGAUACAGAAUUUGACUCUAGAACUCGCGAUACAUUGGCUGCUGUUGAUGAUUCACUAAUGCGAGACCAAGAAAGUAAGAAGGAAAUCGAAUCCAUCACUACACUAUGCUUAGAUCAGCUCAAGUCAAUACAAGAGAACCAUAGUCAAAGCAUAGCAAAUAUCAGAAGCACCGCAGAAAAGUGCCUCACAGAAGAUUAUUUGGUUGAUCAGAACAGUGGCUCAACACCUAAAAGGCGAGUUAUACCAGUUCCCAGCUUGGCCUCCAUUGAGGAGAUGAGAACACCUAGUUAUGAAAAUCUAGAAGAUGAGAAGAAGAAUUCUGUUAACAAAUCAUCAAAAUGGGGCCAUACUGAGAGCAAAAUCCCACUGCUUCAAGUAGCAGCAUCACCUAAUAGAGCUCCUUUUGCUGAUCUUAACUGAAACUGAAAUGGAACAUCAGGUUUUAAAAAUUUUACACAUUGCAUGGAAACCAGAGAAGGACAAGUUGGUAGUUGUAGUGAAUAGAGAUGCUCAUCAACUGAUGAGAGAAAUUAAAUCUAUCUUAGAUUAUUAAAUGGGAUAUAUAUAACUGAUGAUGGAAAAUUUUGAGAUGAUGCCAUUUGCUCAUCCAGAAUUGGUAGAAUUGGUUAGAUUAGUUUUUAGAUUCUCUGUAUUCUAUGUUCUUAUAUGGUUUUAGACUCUAUGUAUUCUAUAUCAUUGUAUUUCUAACUUUAGAUUGAUUGUGUUUGGAAUAAAGUGAAGAUGAAAAUUUCGAUUUUCAUA